AUGUUCGUACUCCAACCUCGCGCCUGGCCCGUGGCUCUUGCUCUUGCUAUUCACGCACACGGUUUGUCGGAGCUACAACCACCUCCCGUUGCCGUCAACCAACCCGACGGCUUGGCUGCUCAUGACCCAGUAAUCACCGCAGCGCCUGUCCGAAGGCAGGACAACACCAACAUCAUCAACGCACAGAUAUGCGGAUACACGGGCGGUGCCCCGGAUCAGCCAUACACUUGCUACGCGAGCUCGACAUGCAAGAGCACCAGUCUCUGGUUCGGCUGCGUCGCCGGCGAAGACUUCCCGACAACUCCGACGACAUGUUCGAUCAGCGCCGUCGGUAAUGCAGUCGGCGACGACUACUGCGCAACGAUAUACUCCGGCUUCUACAAGCAGGUGUAUUGCGUGUCAACGUUUCAAGCCUCCGUGGUCCUCCUCGCUGUCACGACUACAGACGGUGUGGGCCCGCUGCCACCCUCCAUCGGUGAUAGUGGGGCGGCGAGCUCAGAUGCCCUCAAUAGCCUCGCACUACAGAUCCUAUCGAUUGCGUCUCUCGAUGGCUCCGCCUCCACCUCCACCUCCGCGGCCUACUCUACAAUGAACAUGCAGAGUUCCAUUGCAUCGUCGUCGGCGGGCGUGGUACCGCUGCCCGCCGCACCCGCAACUAUUACCCAAAUUAUCGUCCAGCAGCCUCCACCCGAGUCAACAGCGGAUAUGGCUCCAGCAUCUCCCCCAGCCGGCACCCAGAUGAUCUCCAGUCAGCCUUCGUCGGCUAUCGCUCAACCACCUGAGACCUCCGCCGCGCCUUCGCCGGUUGACUCGCGGGCUUCCGGAGUGGACAUCAUAUGGCUCAGCGGAUUCCCAGGUUGCUUCCUCGCGAUUUUGAUGGUAGUCCUCGCGAUGAAUCAUGGUCGAUUCGGCGACUAA